AAAGUAGGAGAAAGGGUCACCAAAACCCCAAUUAAAAACAUCAAACGUCCUCCGCAGGUUCUGCUGUGUCCUGCUAGUAGCGAUGCAGUCGCAGGCCCUUCAUCUGCAAAAUCUUGAAGAAAACCCAGGUAUUUUCCCUGUCAAGGAAGGUCAAGCAUACAUGCAAACCGACCAUUGGACUAUAGUUAAGCUUAUAAAUUUGGAACAAAUGUCCAACGAUCUAAAUAGCGUACUUACAAACUACCAACGGAUGUGCAGUAUCAUCGAUUGGAACGCAUCAUAUUCCCAAGAACUAGCGAGUAUUAAAAUGCAUACAGACUUUACCCGCGACAUAACUAUAGAAAAAUAUAGACAAUUAGUUCCACAGAAACGUCCUAAGAGAGGUUUGAUAAAUCCUUUGGGUUCAAUUAUAAAAGUGAUAACUGGUAACCUGGAUCAUGAUGACGCAGUUAAGUACGACGAACUUACUUCUAAAUUAAAUCGCAACCAAAUUAUUAUAUCAAAGAAAUUGACAAUUGUCUCUAAAAUGUUUGAUAGUUUUAUUAAUGUAACUGAAGCAAUGAAUGUGAACUCUGUUCAUUUUCAUAACCGUUUAACAAAGGUUGAAACAUUACUCCAAGAUUUAGCUGCCAAACAAAACAAUUGGAUUUUCAUAACUUAUCUUACAGGAUUAUUUAGUGUAUUUACAAGUAGUUUUCGUACUAUCUUUGUUAGACUGAGUGAAAUUGAAACAGCAUUAGCGUUAAGUAAAAUCUCUAUUUUGCAUCAGUCAAUUGUGAACUCUACAGAAUUAUUGUAUCAUUUAAAUGUAAUUUCCAACUCUAAAACCCUAGCUAUCAUUCCCAAAUAUCCUUACCUUUUGGCGAAAGGAAUCAAAUACUUACCGCUUGUAAAACCAUGCCAGUCAUUUUCUACCGGCAAUCAGUUCCUGUGUACUGCAGACAACCGAGCGCUGUAUUAUGAACUCACCUGUAUAGAGCAGCUUAUGAAAUUCGAAGAUGACCUUAUUUCCUGCAAGCAGCAUCAGGUCCAGAUCGAAAAGAUUAAGGUUCAGCAAAUCAACCCAAAUAGCUGGCUCCUCUAUAGUAGACUGAGGACGACACUGACGAAGCGAUGCGGCCAUGAGGUCAGCAAACAACUUGUAUUUGGCACUUACCUGAUCACAAUCGACGAACCGUGUGAGCUAGAAAUUUAUGGAAUUCGCCUCCACCAUCGCACUAUUGUAGAAUCAGAUAAUAUGAAGAGAAUUCCAAUUAUUACACUCCCUCAGUUAAAAUCAAACGCGACUCUAUCCGGUGCAAGUGUAGUUAAUAUGGAAGAAAUUAGUUUAGAUGAAGUGAAAUACAUGGCCUUUUCAUUGAAACAUAGUUCUGUUGUUGAAAGUGUUUUAAACGAUCAAAAGGACAGUAAAUUCGGUGUAAUUUUAGGAUACCUGACAUCAGGUUUUGUAGUUUUAAGUAUUUUUGUGUUCUUAUUUUAUAUCUGGCUGAAAUCGCCAAAAUGUUCAUUAUUUAAGAAAAAUCAUCGGAAUGAAUCUAAAAACGAUCCCUCCGAUAAUUUUCCUCUUAGGGAUGGAGGAGUUAUGGCUCGUCCAUCCGUUCUCGAUUAGAUUUGUUCAACGUAAGCAUUUUGUAGCGGUGGCGACGGUGCGUCGCAUAUAAGCAUUAGUAUUAAAGUAGCCUCUAAAUCGGCAUUACGUCUUUAAUUUCUCCCUUACAUAUAUAUGUACCUGGUGAAAAUCCCAGGGUAAUCUAGUGGCUCCCGUAAGAAAA